AAAUGUCAAGUAUUGACAGAUGAGAGUAGUAAACAAAAAUAUGUUCAAAUGCAAGAAAAAUAAUUAAAUUACACCGACCAAACUCAAAAGAAUGGCUACGCAGGAAAAGCUCCAGAAAUCGCUGGAGGCCUUAAAGAAUUUAAGCCAAUCUAACCAAACACCUGAUGUUUUGAAGAAAAAGGAAAAAGUAUUACAUUGCCAUAUUAUCACAGAGUCAAUUUCAAAUGCGUCUAUAAAAGUUUCGCCUAAUUUUCAACACUUAUUGGGGCUCACAAUCGAAGCUUUACUUAAAUUAUGUGAUGACCAGGAAAGUGACGUUCGUAUGACCAGUGAGGAAUGCUUGAACAGAAUUAUAAGGGCAACCAGUACUGGAAACCUCAUACAAAUUGAACUACACAAAGAAAUCAAGCGAAAUGGGGCAGCUAGAUCACUUAGGGCAGCCAUAUGGAGGUUUUCACUGAUAGCCCAUUUAAUAAGGCCCCUAAAAGGUAAAGCUUAUGUUGACAAUUUAUUUCCAAGUUUACAAAAGGUCGCCAAAAGAUCUGAGGAGCAAAUUCAUGAGACUCUUGCGAUAAGUGUCCCUAAAAUUAUGGCUAGCCUGGGUAGUUUUUCUUCUGAUAAUGAAAUACAAUCUCUGUUGGGAGCUUUCUUGAAUAAUAUAACACAUACCCAAGCUGUUAUAAGGCGAUCAGCGGCCACUUGUGUGUUGAAUAUUUGUUUAUAUUGCAGAAAACCCUUUAAAUUCGUUAAUUACACGUUAAAUUACAUUUUAGAUUUGUUAACACCCUUAAAUGACAACACUGUAAACUCAUCAAUCUUGGGUGUUAUGAACUGUGUUAAAGUUAUUUUACCGUACUUAAGUAGUAAAAGUAACAUUGAAAUGGAUGUAAAUAAUAAAAAAAAUUGUAAUGUUUCUGUAGAAAAGUUGUUAGAGGUUUAUGAAAUUUGUCUAUAUUAUCUUUCAAAUAAGGAUCAUAAUGUUGUUAAUGCAGCUCUUGAAGCUCUAAAUGUUUUAUUGUUAAAUUGUACAGAAGAAUUUAUGGAAAACUUGUUGUCUAAAAAUGGAAUAGCCAAGAAUAAAAUGUUAAGUUCCCACUCAUCUUUAAUGAAGCUAAAAUCACCAAGUCAACUCAGUGUUGCCACGAACGUUACAUCGACGGAAGAAAACCGGGAAUCAGAGCUAACUGAAACUCUUCAUUUGGACAUCGAAAAAUGGAUCGACGAGUCUAAACUAUCAGUUAUGAACGAAAAUUAUGCAAAACCGAAGGAAAAUUUCGACAAGUCGAUGUCUUUAGAUACAAACAGCAGUAUACUAACAAAUUUGACAGAUGACGUCGAUUUUUCCGAUAUUAAAAUAUCGGAUAAUUACGCCAGUAAAAGUCAAAGUUUUGGCGAUAAUUUGGAUAACUUGACCAUUAGUGAAAAUUCCUCGGAAAAAAAUUCUUGCGUCGAUGAAAAUGAUGCCGAAGAUUUAAACAUUAACAUUGGGGAUUUUUGGGAUAAAGAUCCAAAUAUAAUUUACUGCGCAAGACUGAUUGUCAAGUCGUUCCUAUUGACAGGGGUGCCAACUUGUUUGGUGUCGGAUAAAGUCACUAGGGUGUCAGUAAAAUCACUGGCUUUGACUUGUUUAUCCAGCAUUGUCAAAUUGUACCCAAGUAUUCUUCUAAUUUAUUUGGAUAAAAAUGUUAAAAGUGUCAAUCAAGAAAUUUCGGAUAUUUUUUUGUUUGGCGAUCAUCCUGAUCCUCAACUUAGAGGUGUGGUGAGAACUAUUAUAAGUAAUUUUGUUAAGACUGUUAUUGUUGAGAGUAAUGGAAACUAUAUGGAAUGGAUAAAUGCAAAUAUUAUUGUUGAAAAUAAGAGUAUAUUUUAUAUGGAGAAAAUGGUGCAAAUGCUGACCAAAGGUUUGGAAGAUGAAUCUGCAAAUUGCAGUAGACAGACCAUAAUAAGUUUAUCAACAGUUUUACCUCAAAUACUGGAAUCUAAAGAUGCCAAAACAGUAUUACCAAUUUUAAGGGUAAUUCCAACUUUAGCAAAAAAUCCUUAUUGGCUUGUUAAGGUUGCUUUAUGUGAAUUAGUAUCAAAACUGCCUUACAUAACAAUCCACUAUGUACAGUGUAACCCAACCUUUCAAAACAAAAUAAUCCACAAUGUUUUAUUUGAGAUGUUAGCUGAUAAUGAUCAAAGAGUUAGAAAAUCAGCGGCAAAUGCCAUCAUAGAUAUUAUUCCUUAUUUGUAUAACGAACAUUUCCAAACAAACGAAAAUAUUAUAACGAGAAAAGCAAUGCAAUACAAGAAUCAUUACUUGGCAAACCUAAAUGAUGUUGAGGAUGUUCUAAACUUAAAUAAGAAACAUUUUAUAAAGGCAAUGCCUUUUCCCUUUGAUAAAAUUUUGGAUAAAUGUCCUGAUAGUGAGGAAUACACGUUAUCUUUAAUUGUUAACCAACUGUACAAAUUUUUAUUGAGCUCUACAUCAAAACAUUUAAUGAUGGGUUGUUUUGAGUCUCUAUGCCUUCUGUCAAAUAAAUAUCCAAGCACAGUUUAUAAAAACGCUUGGAUUCUAUCCAACAGAACUGAUGAAGAUCUCAGGACUAGUUCAGACUUGUUAGACUUGUGCAUAAGUUUUCUGAACACGUCAGUGAUGGUUUACGACAUAAAUUGUCAAAUAAACAUGUUGGAGCUUGCUUCUAAUCUUUUUGCAGGUCAAUCUGUGUGCAUAGUUCGGCCGAUCCCAGACCUGGAAAACUCGAAUCGUCUUUGGGACAUGUUCGAACAUGACUACGUGACAGAAAAAUGCGAGUUAUACUUCUCUCACGUGAUUAAGUUGCUAAACAUAUUCCAUCACGUCAUCAAUGACUUGCAUCCUUCGGUUGCGACGUCUAAAACGGUGUUGCCAAGUUUGCCAUCGGCCAGCAACUUGUCGCCAAUCAAAAGGAGGAAAAGCGAUUUGGAUAAGAAAAUGAUUUUGUUGUCGGAAAAGGAUGAUAAGGUGGAGAAAUCGGGGAGACUAAACGUUAUAGCUGCGUUUGCGCAUCUGCCGCACUACCUUAAGAUAUACGAGGUACUCAAAAGUAGCUACACGAACUAUAAAGUCACUUUGAGUUCUGACACUUGCGAGAGGUUUUUGGAGGUCAUGAGGAAGUCCUUGAAGAGCGUUUCCGUUUUAAUGGAGGUCGGUACUCUGACUGAAUUUGGCAGGGUUUCCCAGGAGUUAUUGAAUUAUCUGAUGUCCACAUUUUUGCUGGAUCCUACGUCCACUGUAACCAGCGUACAGCAAAUGCUAAAGUGCAUGUUUGGUACCAACUUGACGGCAAAUAUAUCGGAAAUAUUGCACAGCAAAAUGAAUCAGGACACUGUUGAGCAUGAACAUAACGGGUUUUACCAUAAUUUGGCCCAAAAACCAUACAACGAAAUCUCGUGGUGCAUAAACCUAAACACCCUGAACAAAAUCGAUGACGGCGACAACACGUUGAUGGGUUAUUUACACAGAAAAGACGUUAAAAAACAAACCAGCUUAGUUAAUAGAAGCAGCGAUAAAACUUUAGCGAAUUACAUCAGGAUUUUUGAGCCUAUGGUGAUCAAAUCCUUAAAGCAAUACACCAUAACUAGCGACGUGAAGCUGCAGUGUCAAGUAUUACAACUAUUAAGUCAAUUGGUUCAGCUAAGAGUUAAUUAUUGUUUGUUGGAUUCAGAACAAGUUUUUAUCGGUUUUGUUUUGAAACAGUUCAAGUACAUUGAAGAAGAUCAAAUACCAUUAUCAGCUGAGUUGAUACCCAACAUUUUCCAAUUCCUCGUUCAACUUUCCUACGGAAAGCAGCACUCUAAAAGCAUAAUAGGAAUUCCAAAAAUCAUACAACUUUGUAACGGUCUCUUGGCCAGCGGUCAACCACCUCUAACGCACUGCGUACCGGCCUUACAACCGAUAGUAGAAGACAUAUUUUUGACCCGCAACAAAUCCAAUACCGCGGACAUGAAAGACUUGGAAACAGCACGAGAAGUCGUCCUAUCCAACCUGUUAAAGUUAAUAGAAUACAAGGAAGUUGUGGAUCUUUUGGUUCUCAUACUGGAAGACAGUCGAUAUUGCUCGGACGACCCGGACAAGUGGCAACGUUGGUCCGAGCAGAUCGGCAACGCUGCAUUUGCUAUGUUGAAAAGUAACAGGUUGCGGCUAGAUUGCCCCGGAAGCUUUAGUAGCUUAAGAAAGUUGGUUUUUUCGUUGAAUACGAAUGUUUUUCAACCUGUCGAUGGUUUUAUUUUGAUGCUCUAUGAAGAACCGCCCAUAGAUGGAAAAUCUCGUUGGUUAUCAAAAAUAAUCAUCUUACUUCUAAUCUUGUCCCCUUUAAAAGAAGAAGUGCUGAUAUCGAAAAUAUCUAAUCUGAAAGCGAAUUUUUCACCGUUUAGCAUUUUUGAAAAUGUCGUAACCACAGUCGAUCCUCUGCACGUGGUUAACAGCGAAAGCGUUUUUCAAAAAUUAUCGCCUGAAGUCAUUUUUGUCAAGUUUGUUUUUCGCGUGAUACACCUUAUAUCGGAAGAAUGCAUACAUAUCGCCAAAAACGACAAAAACGAUUUUUUGAUCAAGCAAUUUUCCGUAUUUUUGAUAUAUUGCUUGCAUAUUUUUCAGUCAGGAAGUCAUUGCAAGAUAACUAAUGUGGCGAUCUCAAUAAUAAACCAGGAUAUACCAUGCGAGGAUGGUUUAAAUCAAUUGGAAAAAAUAAACAAUAUAUUUUUGAAAUUAUCUGUGUUUUACCCAAUUUUAACUUUUAAGUGGUGCUAUCUUUUGACGCUGUGGAACUAUAAAAACGUUGAUUUUUGGUCGAAAGUUCUUAAAAACGACGAAGUCAACAAAAAUAUCUCUUUAAAUUCCGAAAUUACCAAAACCGGUGCUGUGAUUGUUUUCUGUGAUUUUUUGAUAGAAAACUUGUCUGAAAUUGACAUACUAAACUGGAUAUUGACGAAAAAUAUAAAGUUUAUAAUAAAAUUAUACAAUGAAAGCCCUGUAACCGAAUUCAUAUACGCCCUGAAUCGUAACCCUUUCACCAGUAAUUUGUUUAUAAAAUCAGUGGAAAAAGAAUGUGGACAAAUAGAUGAACCAAUUUUUAUUACUACUCUUCUAAAAUGUGUUAGUAACGCACAUUCUUCACAAUGUGGAAACGUUCUGCAUCUACUCUUAACUAAAUUUCUGACAAAUAAAGAAGUUACUAUUUCAAGAAAUGUGGCCCAUAUUGCAAGCAGAAACAUUGAUCUACUUUUAACAAUGUUUCCAGAGGAAGUGAAUAAUCAACUGCCAAAAGAAAAACUGCUUGAAAUUAGGAACACUUUAAUAACUAAAGAGCUGACAAAAAAGCAUGAAAGUUUAGUGAGUCUUCUAAACAAACUAUCAAAUCAAUUCCACGAUUUAACCCCCAUAGAGUUGGAGCAAAGGCUUUCGGUUAACCCUGAGGAAAUAAAAACGUUGGAAGUCAACAAAAACUGGUAUCUGUCGCAAAUACGGGGUAGAUACGGGGAGACUCAGUUAAGUAAGGAAACUGCCGAGUUGUUGAAAGAUUUGGAAUAUUCGGAGAUAUAUAAUUUCAUGUCGAGCAAAGAGUUUAAUAAAAAAUGCAUCAAGGAUUGUAUACGACUUGCCGUUAGGGAUAUUAGGGGUAAGAAGUUGGAGGAUGAUCCUGAUAUAUUAAAAGCUAGUGUGGAUUCUUUGCUUAAGGAUGUGAGAGAUAUUGGAAGCAAACUGCCAAAACCACACCAAGUUUACAACCCUGCCGACAGAGCCGUCACCUCUUCGGAAGUUACAUAUUCCAGCCAGAUGACCCAACUCUUCAAAAACGAAGAUUUUUUCGACCUCCUUCAUUCCUUAACCCCCUCCCUGUCAAGCUACAUAACCUCAUUGCCAGACUUUAAAACGUUGAAAAUCCCCGACAACAAUUUCGAGGAUAUUAUUAAGUUUGGGGUUAUAUUGUUGGAAUCGAUAAAUUUUUUGAUUGGUAACCAAAAUACUUGCUUGAAUGUGAGUCUUAUAGACAAGGCUUUGCAUUGUAGCGAGUUGAUUUUCAAGGAAAAUCGUUUGUGUGGAAUUUUGGCUUCGGAUUCCCACAUAUCGUGGUUAAGUUCCGCUGUUAACAGCCUAUACAAGCUGGUUAACUUUUUGCUGCUAAACGAAGAACCUCUACCCUCCAUACCGAAAUAUUCUUUGACUAUCUCACUGGAAAACAUCGAGACCAGCUCAGCAGGCCAGGCUUGCCACCAGUUGUACGUUCUGGUUAGUUGGUUGGAUAAAAUUAAAAACACCGUUCCUAAUAUUCCGAAAUUUUUGUUAAGUAACGUCAGGAGUGUUGUGGUUUCGUUGUCCAGAAUGUCUGUGGUGAAUUCGUAUGUUCUCAUUCCCACUAAAGUUUGGAAAACAGGUUGGGAACCAAAAAUGUCUGGCACCUUUUUUACCCAAGUCCCUCCUCUUCCUAUUGAGUUGCUGCAAGAGAUUGACAUUUUGGAGGAAUAUAUUUUUAGAAUCACUUUGUUGGGCUGGACAUCCCGUCAGCAAUUCGAAGAAACCUGGAUGUGCCUGUUGAGCGUGUGUAAUCCUAUAGAAAAUUGCGACAGUGAGGAAAUAAGCGACAUUGUUCACGGCACUAGUUUGGCAAUAAAAGCCAUAACUUCAUUGCUACUAAACACGCUGCAGUAUCCGAAUCCGUCAAAUGCUUUCGAGUCCAAAAUGAUACACGUAUCAAGGAAUAUGAAGAUAUCAGAUGAAGAAAUAAGUGUCAAGAAACUGAAAAACAUCCAAAACGGAAUGCAACAAAAGUAUGCAGAAUUAGCUAAAACCACAGGAAAUCAAAGUUUUGUAAACGUUUUUGAUUCGAAAGUUUUCGAGAAACUAAGCGAUAAUUAUAGCAACAAUCAGCUCUCUAUACGGUAUUUUUUGCUGGCUACAAAUAUAAUAGAAGAAUGUGAUAAAAAUGAUGCUGCCUCGCAAAUUUUCCAAAAACGUAAAAGAAUGUUGGAGGAUUAUGGCUUGGAUUUGACUUCAUGCCUUAGAUUUUUGCUGGAUUAUUAUUCCCAAAUUAUGAAAUCAGAGGUUUUAUCACACAUUAGAGUCCUAUAUGAGGCCGUUAGAUCAACUUUAAUAUUAUCGGACUUAUUUACAGAAAAGUCCCAGUUUCAAUGGAUGCUGGACCUAUUUUUGGACUUGUCCAAAUCUCAUACAAUAGAGGACGACUUGGUUCAUCAAUAUUUAAUUAUUGGUGUUUGUAAAUCGGCUAGCAUACUCAUACCGGAUUUGGACACAUUUGAGACCAUCAAAAAGUUAUUGGUGCAAUACUUAAAAUACGCCUUUAUACCGUCACGAAUUGCAUGUUUAUGCGGUAUUUUGUACAUUCUCGAAGGAUGUAAAUUGAAUAAUAUAUCGAUAGGAGGCAUAUCCGACGAAAUGCAAAUAAUUUUACCUUGCGUGGUGGAGUAUAUACAGGUUAAUUUGAAACCGAGUAACAGUGUUCUUAUCAAAUCUCAGGACCACUCUCAUUUAGUAUGGUCAAUAGCGUUUUAUCUGAUUGAAAAUAUUGAUGAGAGUCAUAUGGAAUCGAAUUUUGUGAUGAAUACUUUACAGACUGCUUUCUUAGUGUUACAGGAGCAAAAAAAUUCCAAAAUAUACAAUUCCAUAAUAAAGGGUUUGGAAAGGUUGAUAAUUGUAAAGAAAGACUUGAUACAAAAAAUAGGAAAACAAAUUCUUAAUCUGGCCCUGGAAAAUAUGAAACAUGACAAUACGACGAAAUCGUUUCUGGGCACCCAACUUUUAAUAACCUACAUGUACACAGAUUGUUCAGAUCAUCUGGAAAAAACUUUAAGCACUGAAUACAGGGAAACAAAUCCGGAUCAUUUGGUGCAAACGAUAGAAAAAAUAUCGGCAAUUUUCGAGAAAAUCAAGAAAGGUUACGAUUUUGAAGUGGAAAUAUUAACAUCUGUACUUCCAACGAUUUUGGACGAUUUUUUUGCACCUUCCGAUGUUUUGACCAAAGUUAUAGGUGAAUUUCUGUCGCCACAACAGCCGCAUCCAAAAAGGCUUAGCAGAGUAGUUUUUGAGGUUUUUGGCAGCGCUAUCAAAAAAGACCAACUGUCCCUGCUUCAAGACUGGGUGGUCUUUAGCCUUUCCAACUUCACGCAAUCGUUCUCCAUAGGUUUGGCAACGUGGUGCCUGACUUGCUUUUUCAUUAGCGCCAGCAGUAACCGAUGGUUGCGGUCUUAUUUUCCGUACGUUCAAACUAGAGUGGGUAGAUACGAAUACGAGGACCGCAAGAUGCUUUGCAUUGCGGGUGCGGAUUUCUACAGGAAUUUGACGGACGAGAAGCAGAAAAAUACGUUUGUUGACAAUUUCAGGAAGGUCAAGGACAAACACGAUAUGCCGUAUAACGAUCUUUUGAAUUCUUUGUGAGUGUUUUGUAUGAUAAUGUAAAUAAUCGGGAUAAAUUAUUAUAUUUAUAAGUUGUAAUGUAUUAAAUCAUUGUUUUUUA